AUGUCCCUCCUACAUGCUAUUGGCCAUGGUAUCAAGCCAGUCGUAUCGUCCGUACCCCGCGAGUUGAACUUGACCCCCACAUCAGCCGGACAUGCUCUAGACACGCAGGUUACUGUAGACAACUUGGCGCCUAGAGAUGGUCAACCUGUCUUUGAACGGACGCUGCCCAGUAGGACAACUAAAUCGCGUCGAGUGGUCAUUACUGCAUUGCUUAUUCUAGCUAAUGUUGUACAGAUGACAGUUAAUUUUGCAGGCAUUGCUGGAGGAAGUGCCUUGAGUGAAUCGUUGGGGGUUAAAGAAUCCUACGCCUCGUGGAUUGCUGCUAGCUAUGCUCUAACCCAAGGUACAUUUGUGUUGGUUAGUGGUCGAUUGGGAGAUGUUUAUGGCCAUCGAGAACUCGUCUUAGCCGGGGGUGCCUGGCUCACCAUCUGCACUCUAGCUAACGCCUUUUGUAACAAUUUCUUCGCUUUUGUCACGGUGCGGGCUUUAGCUGGUCUUGGAGGUGCGCUUAUCAUGCCUAACGCGGUGGCUAUGAUCUCCAGUACCAAUCCCCCCGGUCGCGUGCGAAAUCUCAGUUUGGGUCUCUUUGGUGCGUCCGCACCAGUUGGAGGAUAUUUUGGGGCCUUGUUCUUGGGUGCUUUUUUACAACGCACAGAAUGGAAGUGGUUCUUCAUCUUCAUUGCAUGCCUUGGUGCUAUCACAUUCACUCCUCUUUGGGGGUUGAGUCCGCGAGAACCACCGGUUGAUCGACAUGGAAAGAUCGACUGUAUUGGAUCGGCUCUUGGAACAAGCUCGUUGAUCUUAUUCAACUUCGUUUGGAAUCAAGCACCGAGUGUCGGGUGGUCAACCCCCUAUGAAAUUGUUCUCUUGAUCAGCUCAAUCAUCUUGUUCGGAGGUUUUCUGCUCUGGGAAAAGAAGUAUGCCGCCGAGCCCAUCAUGCCACUCGACAUCUUCAAAGCCCCAUCCUUCCUCAUGCUGCUCUUUGUCGUGCUUCUUAAUUAUAUGGCCGUAGGAACCUUGAUUUGGUACCAGGUCUUAUGGCUCCAAAAGGUCUGGCACUGGUCGCCCCUUCAAUUUGCCGUAGGCUGGACACCAUUUGUGAUCUGUGCCACGGGCGCAGCAUGUCUCGCAGCAUGGAUGAUCCCGCGAAUGGCAGCACAAUGGAUUCUGGCCAUUGGGACAGUGACGAUCUUAAUUUCCAAUGCGCUCAUGGCGACCGUACCAAUCCACCAAUCCUACUGGGCCCAGAUCUUCCCUUCCGUGAUCCUCUUCUCAUUCUGCCCAGACUUUGUGUACACAGCUGGCCAAAUCAUUGCUAGUAACUCCGUCCGUCGAAAUCAACAAGGGAUUGCCGGGUCUGUCAUUGGCACAUUGAACUUAUACGGCAACAGUCUGGGACUGGGUUUCGCAUCUACUAUCGAAGUGCAAAUUGCCCGCCGCUCGGGUAGCCAAAUUAUGGGGUACCGAGCGGCACUUUUCUUCGGUGUUGCCAUUAGUGCUAUAGCGCUUAUACUUGACGUGUGCUUUGUCCGGCUGGUCAAGGAUGACCGGGAAGGGUGGCAUGAGGAUGACCACAUGGAGGAAAUUGAGCUGACGGAGCAGGCCGAAGCUACUGGUGUCCAUCUACCUCAUACCGAGCGUGGGGUGCCGGGUGAAUGCCGGGUUGAGCUUGGUGUGUAA